CCGAGGGCCGGCCUCCGCACCGGACCGUCGGCCGCAUGCCAGCCUGCUCGGCCGCCAUGGACCCCCCGCGGCAGGACAUGUAUGGCUAUUAUGACGAGCGGGGGACGGUGGCGGACGCGGCGGCCAUGCCGCUCAACGACUUCGGCUUCCUGCCGCUGGAGGAGCACCAGCAGCACCACCCGCACGAGCACCAGCACCAGCAGCCGCCGCACCAUCAGCAGCAGCAGCACCACCAACAGUCGCUCAUCUAUUGGGACCAGCAGCAGCAGCAGCAGAUGCACUACACUGAGGAGGAUUACAGGCAGUUCGACAUGAAGAUGGCCAUGCCUGGCUCCAAGUCCUCCAGCUUUACCGUGCGAGACAUCCUGAACCUGGGGGAGGGCAAGCCGCCUGUCAGUGGGCUGUGGCCCGGAUUUGGAGCCCCCGUGUGGCAUGCGCUCUACGCGGAUGUAGCACAGGGACGGGCCGAGCGCUCCGCAGCGCGGACGGGCUGGAGCAGACGACACCGCCGGGCGAGUUCUCCCGCUCCCACGUGCCCCGUCUCUCCCGAGGACGAAAGGAACGCGGGUACGCCAGCCCGGCCGGCCGACAUCCCCGCUACCGUGCCGACGGCGCCGCGCGCCUCACCCUCAGUCGACACCGACGACGGCGCCGACGACGCCGAGAAGGAGGACGCCGCCACGGGCCGCAAGCGCAAGCGGCGCGUGCUCUUCAGUAAGUUACAGACCCACGAGCUGGAGCGACGCUUCCGGCAGCAGCGCUAUCUCUCGGCGCCCGAACGUGAGCAUCUGGCCAGCCUGAUCGAGCUGACGCCGACCCAGGUCAAGAUCUGGUUCCAGAACCAUCGCUACAAGACGAAGCGCGCCACGCAGGAGCAGGGCGGCAUGGAUCUGGUGCCGCUGGGCAGCGCGCGGCGUGUGGCCGUGCCCGUGCUGGUGCGAGACGGCAAGUCGAUGCCGGCCGUGUCAGCCGGCUAUGGCGUGCCGUCGUUCGGCGGCGCCGUGGACCUGCUGCCGUUCAGCAGCGCCUCGAUCCCCACCUCGGUGGUGGCCUCGAUGGGCGCGCUGCCCGCCUACCCGCGCCCGCUCAUUCAGACCCGCUGGUGGUGACGUCACCGACGCCGUGACGUCACGACAGGGCAUGACGUCACUGGUAGG